UUUCACAUUGCAGCCCCGGAGUUCCUGCGUGGAAGGAAAAACGAGACGUGGCGAAAUCUGGUGAAUAUCUGACUGCAGCCGUAUGCUCCGUGUAUAAUUUGUGGGAUUUGUGAAUCACUCUGGUGUAGUCUUGGGAAGUGUGUUUUUUCCUCUUCUUUUCGGCUAAAUGGGUGAUCACGCAUUCGCUUUGCAGUUGCCUGGUCCCUCUAACAUCAUAUCCUUGUCGGAGUUGUCCCAGUUCAUCAGAUACUACAGCAGCCCAGCAAGCCCGGUGUAUGAUCUCCUGAAUUACAACAAUAAUAAUAACUCCUCGUCUCUGUUUCCCCCCGUUUCAGCUCAGCAAACCAUGCAGGAUGAUUUACUGAUGGACAAAAACAAAGCCCAGCCUCACCAUCAGCAAGAUCCGACGCAAGUAGACCCUCCUCCCUCCACCCCGACCCCGUCAUCGGAGCCCACUUCUUCUUCAUCGGAGUCGGAGAGCCCGUCGACCGGGAGCAACCAAGCGGCUUCAGCGCUGAACAUCAGCAGCAAGGACAAAGUGCCGAUGGAAUCGCCGAUCCUGCCCGGGUUGAGCUUCCACCACCAGCCACAGGAGACCGGCGGCCCCCUUUCCUCCCCUUCCUCCUCGUUUGGGAGCACUUGGUCCACGGGAACCUCAAACGCCGUGGACGAUAGCUUUUUCCAGGGAAUACCCUCGGUGAACGGGACGAUGCUUUUCCAGAACUUUCCCCACCACAUCAACCCGGUCUUCGGGGGUAAUUUCUCCCCGCAGAUCGGCCUGGCUCCCCAGUCCCAACAGCAUCAACAGCAAGCCCAGCAGCAGCAGCCGCCGCCGCCGCCGCAGCAGCAGCAGCAGCAACAGCAGCAGCAACAGCAGCCCCAGCAGAGGAGAUCCCCUGUCAGCCCCAGUCAAGGCCCCUUCCCCCAGAGAAACGCUUAUCAGACCAUCAUGAAUAACAGCAAAGGGUCGUCUUCAUCUGCCUCAUCGUCCGCUUGGAAUAAUCACCAAAACGCCGGUUGGAGCACAGCCUCCAACCCCUGGAGCGGGCUGCAGGCAGGCAGGGACCCGCGCAGAGCUGUGGGCGUCGGGGUUGGGGUAGGGGUCGGAGUCGGAGUCGGGGUGCCGUCACCCCUGAACCCCAUCUCCCCCAUGAAAAAGCCCUAUACCAGCAAUGUUAUAGCACCCCCCAAAUUCCCAAGACCCGGUCCCCUCACCCCCAAGCCCUGGAUGGAGGACAGCGCCUUCAGGACUGACAACAGCAACAACAUACUGCCUUUCCAGGACCGGAAUCGGCCCUUUGAUGCUUUUAGCUUGCACUCUUUGGAGAAUUCCUUAAUGGAUAUGAUAAGGACUGACCAUGACAAAGGUAAACCACACCCUGCCGGUGGCCCACCAAUGACUAUCGCUGAUAUUAUAUGGAGGAAUCAUUUUGCAGGACGUAUGGGCCUCAAUUUUCAUCAUCCUGGAGCAGACCACAUAAUGCCAUUGAAUACCCGGAGCUAUGGCCGCAGAAGAGGUCGUUCCUGUCUUUUUCCCUUUGAAGAUGGUUUCCUCGACGACGGCCAUGGUGACCCCUCCUUGACCCCGGGCCUGAACUCGCCAACCCGCUGUCAGAACGGGGAGAGGAUGGAGCGCUACUCCAGGAAGGUCUUCGUCGGAGGCCUUCCCCCUGACAUAGAUGAAGAUGAAAUCACCAACAGUUUCCGUCGCUACGGGCACCUGGUGGUCGACUGGCCCCACAAAGCUGAGAGCAAAUCCUACUUCCCACCUAAAGGCUACGCCUUCCUGCUCUUCCAGGAAGAGACCUCUGUUCAAGCUUUGAUUGACGCCUGCAUCGAGGAGGACGGCAAGCUCUACCUGUGUGUGUCCAGUCCCACCAUCAAAGACAAACCGGUCCAGAUCCGUCCCUGGAACCUGAGCGACAGUGACUUUGUCAUGGACGGCUCCCAGCCUCUUGACCCCCGCAAGACCAUCUUUGUAGGGGGAGUGCCACGGCCUCUGCGUGCAGUGGAGCUGGCUAUGAUCAUGGACCGGCUGUAUGGAGGUGUUUGCUACGCUGGCAUCGACACCGACCCGGAGCUCAAAUACCCAAAGGGAGCCGGCCGCGUGGCCUUCUCCAAUCAGCAGAGCUACAUUGCUGCCAUCAGCGCUCGCUUCGUUCAGCUGCAGCACAAUGACAUAGACAAAAGGGUGGAGGUGAAGCCAUACGUCCUGGAUGACCAGAUGUGUGAUGAGUGCCAGGGGGCACGCUGCGGGGGGAAGUUCGCCCCCUUCUUCUGUGCCAACGUCACCUGCCUGCAGUACUACUGUGAGUACUGCUGGGCGAGCAUCCACUCGCGAGCCGGCCGAGAGUUUCACAAGCCACUGGUGAAGGAAGGGGGCGACCGCCCUCGACACGUGUCCUUCCGCUGGAGCUGA